AUGGCUUUUAGCCGCAUCAGUAGGCUGGACCCCCCGUCCCGAGGCAUCUUCAGGAAAGCGGUGGUCAUGCUGUGCUCCCUCCUCGCCUCCCUCAUCCUCCUGCACCUCCUCACCGAGCGCUGCGCCACCACAAUCACCUCCACCUCGCCCUCACCGCUCAAAUCCUCCUCAUCCUCCUUCUCCGGCCGGGCUUUCGAGGACUUGAGUCCGGUGAGGAGCAAGAGACUGGCAUACGAAUGGAGCGCCGGCUCGGAGCUGGGGGGCUACGGGGCCGCUCGGCGCGCCUCCUCACGCGUCCUGGCGGAUGAGCGCGCGCGGCAGGUCCUGGAGCUGCCCGGAGAGUCGCUCCUGCUGCCAGCUCCGGAUUUAGUGGCUUCCAGGAGAGUUCCUCCCAGGUUCGCAGGUAAACUCAGUCCGCUCGGGGAGGGGAGCAAGAAGCUUCCUCAGGCUCUCAUCAUCGGGGUGAAGAAGGGAGGCACCCGGGCUCUGCUGGAGUUCCUGCGGGUUCAUCCGGACAUCAGAGCCGUUGGAGCGGAGCCGCACUUCUUCGACCGCAACUAUGACAACGGACUGGAGUGGUACAGGGAGCUGAUGCCGAAGACUCUGGAGGGCCAGAUCACCAUGGAGAAAACCCCCAGCUACUUUGUGACCAGAGAGGCUCCGGCGAGGAUCUCCGCCAUGUCCCGGGACACCAAGCUAAUCGUGGUGGUGAGGGACCCGGUCACCAGAGCCAUCUCGGACUACACCCAGACGCUGUCUAAGAAGCCCGACAUUCCCUCUUUUGAGAGCCUCACCUUUAAAAACAGGACUACGGGGCUCAUCGACACGUCGUGGAGCGCCAUCCAGAUUGGCAUCUACGCCAAGCACCUGGACAACUGGCUGCAGUACUUCCCCAUGGACCAGAUCUUGUUCGUGAGCGGCGAGCGUCUGAUCAGCGACCCGGCCGGAGAGCUGGGCCGAGUGCAGGACUUCCUGGGCCUCAAGAGGAUCAUCACGGACAAACACUUUUACUUUAACCAGACCAAGGGAUUCCCGUGCCUGAAGAAAGCGGAGGGCAGCAGCAAGCCUCACUGCCUGGGAAAAACCAAAGGGCGCACCCAUCCGAACAUUGACCCCGAGGUGGUGCAGAGGCUACGGGACUUCUACCGGCCCUUCAACAUGAAGUUCUACCAGAUGACUGGACGGUUCUUUGGCUGGGAUGACUGA